AUGGCACAGAAUGUCAGCCGCCAGCUGCAGGCUUUGCCAUCAAUAUUCGAAACGGGCUGCAGCAUUGGAGAUGUCGCAGCGGGCUUGGUCGCUCUGAUGUUUGUGUACCGCGCUUCUGUGGUUGUCUAUCGUCUGUUCUUUUCCCCUCUUGCCAAGUUUCCAGGUCCCAUACUUGCUGCGGCUACCUCAUGGUAUGAGGCAUUUUUCGAUCUCUGGAGCCAAAAUUUUCCUGACGUUCUGUCUGAUCUGCACGACGUAUAUGGCCCUAUUGUCCGAGUCAGCCCCACAGAGCUUUCCAUUCGUGAUGCCGAGUAUUAUAACGAUUUAUAUGUUCUGGGGGGAAAACGUAGAACAAAUCUUAUUGCCGGGAAUCGCGCAGGACUCGGCAUGUCUGAUGCGAUUGCUACGACCGUUCCACAUGAGCUACACCAAUUAAGGAGAAAGGCCGUAGAGAACUUCUUUUCAAAACAGAGUGUAACUCGUCUAGAGUCGAGAAUUCACCAUGAAGCGAGAAGUUUGGAUGAGAAACUACUCCGCUAUGCAGGGACAGGCACGAUCGUCCGUCUGGACCAUGCUUUCUCGUGUGUCACGGGCGACCUCGCGGGGCAAUUUGCCUGUGGCGAGAAUCCAGAGUUGCUCGAAGGGUCUGAAUUCAACCCGGAGUGUAUCGCUGCAAUGCUUCCAGUGGCAGUGCUGAAGGCAAUCAACCCCCACGUCGCGGGCUUCAGGAUGUUCCACCUGCUCAGUGAAGGACGGAUUGAAAAGAUCAAAGACGAAAUAUCCAAGGAGAAGGACCAUGACGAGUUCCAUGAGAAGACCUCAAUAUUCCAUCAUAUUCUUCGCAGCGACCUGCCUGAGUCUGAGAAAGACCCCGCCCGCUUGAAGAGAGAGGCAUUCGCCCUUCUCGCCGCAGGUACGAUCACAACAGCUGGGACUCUGACGACAAUCACCUACUUCAUUCUCGCAAACCCAGAGAUUGAAAAGCGCCUACGGGUGGAGCUCAAGAGAGUUACAGAUUGCUAUCCCAAUCAGGUGCCCCGAUGGACAGACCUUGAGAAAAUUCCUUAUUUGACAGGUUGCAUCAAAGAAGGCUUACGUAUCGCACGCUUCAUGAGGCGCAACCCCCGUAUAUCGCCUGACACGGACCUCAAGUAUAAACAAUGGACCAUUCCGAAGAAUACGCCGGUUGGCAUGUCUAUAUGUCAUAUGCACAUGGACCCGGAGGUGUACCCCGAGCCCUACAAGUUUAUCCCCGAGAGGUGGAUCGGGGAUGUUGAUCCUCGCGUGAACCGGAACUUUGUGCCAUUCGUCAAAGGAUCCCGCAAUUGUCUGGGUUUGAAUCUUGCGUGGGCAGAGAUGUACGUCGUCUUGGGUAUUCUUUUCAGACCAGGCGGGUUCAAGAUGAGCCUCGAUUGCGACGAGUCUGACAUUGUCCCGAUCCAUGAUAGCGAUGUUGGGAUCCCUAAAGCGGACAGUCGUGGGCUUAGAGUCCGCUUUGACUGA